CCUUAACAAAAAAGAUGGAGUUUGGCCUUAAAUAGAGUAUUUUCUAAAGAACACAGGGGAGGCACUGAUUUACAGGCUGUAACCUGUGCGGGGACACUGGGCACCAGGUUCUCAGACAUGAGGGAGAUGCACGAAGCUUUCCCUGGCCUUGCAGAGCCCCAGCUCUCCUCCCAGUCAGCCCAGCAGUCAUUUCUCUUUUCACUUUCUUUCCUAACCAUCAUUUAUUUCCUUCUGCGUGAGUUUACAGGCGAGAGGCAUCGCUCUGCCCCUCUCUCUCCACCUCCUUCCCAGCCAUGUGACUGAGCACUCCCUGCACCGAGUGAAACUUUUCAGAGUUAGGAAAGCUCGGGCUCCCGGGGGAAGCAGCGCCGCUCAGGAGAGCCCGCAGCCGUGCUGGCCAUGGGGAGGAGCGCCCGGCAGCUCAUCUCGCUGACCCUCGCCUGUGCAUUUUCUUCCUGCUUUGCUGAAGUGGCCCUGGGGGUCGAACUGUCUCCAGAAACCACAUCCUUCCAUCAAAUGGCUGCUUCUGCUCAGCCACUUUCCCUUUAUCAUUCUUCACCCCAUCAAAGCACCACAGUUCAUUUUACCAGCACAGGCUCUCUUCAAACAACACCCAUGGGCCACAGAACGGCUGAGCAGACACCGGAGCAGCUGCAGGCCACAUCAGCUGCAGGCCAGCACACGGCAGCCCGGGCAGGAGCAGGCACCACAGCCCCUGCAGACAGCCCCGGCCAGGCCACGAGCCCGGCCAUGCCCUCACUUACAGCCGCGGUCAAGAACACGACCACUCCCCCUGUGUCCUCCACCAGCCAUGGCAAGGGACCACGUGUGACCACAGGAACUGCAGCAGUGGCCACCAACACCUCCCUGAAGCACGACACAGGCAGUACCCAGGGGGCAGGUGCCACCAGCGCCUCGGCGGGGCCCAGCACGCGGUCACGGAGACAAACAACAGCCACCGGAGCUCCAACAGCCACGGCCCUGACCAACACCACAGGCACCCACGCAGGGACACAAACAGCCCCCACAUCCCCUGCCAGCACAGUGAGACCCCCUCCCACCCCACAGCCCUCUGCCAUCCCCACAGGCACCUACACCGUUUCUGACGGCAACGGGACCUGCGUCAAAGCCGUCAUGGGUCUGCAGCUGAUGGGCCGAAACACACAACAGGAGCAGAUGGAAUAUGUGACUGUUAACCCAAAUGCGACAAAGAUAUCUGGGAGCUGUGGGAUGGUGCAGUCUGAGCUGAGCUUAACUUUUAGUGGAGGAUUUGUAAACAUCACCUUUGUAAAGCAAGCUUCAAGUUACUCUGUGACUAAAAUUGAGAGCAGAAUACAGUUCUCUUCUGAAGGUAUGCUUUACUAUGCAGCCCUAAAUGAGAAGCUGUUCACAACAAAGCUGGGGAAUUCCUUUAAGUGUGCCAGCAGGCAAACCUUCCCCUUGGAGAAGAACUUCCAGAUCCUCUUUGUUCACAUGCAGCUGCAGGCGUUUGACAUUGUGGGUGACCAGUUUGGAAAAGAAGAAGAAUGUUUUCUUGAUAGAAACGGCAGAGUAGCUCCCAUUGCAGUGUGCCUGUGUAUCCUGGGAUUGUUUGUCAUUGUGUUUGCCACCUUCCUGAUCUCCAGGAGGAAGCCACAGAGAGGAUAUGAACGCAUCUGAGGUGUCCCUAUGCUUCCAAGUGUGUGCAGCAAGCAGAGAAGUCACAGGAGUUUUUGCUUCUGCCUGGCAAUCUCUCUGCCACAUUUUUAAUUGAGAUGACACUGUGUGUUUACAGCUCAUGAAUGUUUCUGGAAGGAGUUCUUUUAAGGUGGGGAGAGAACUCACACCUUUUGCUUUAGGCUAUUCUUAGCAUCUAAUUUAGAUGUAGUCCAAAAUGAGGAGCCUAAAUUCUCUCUGUUGUCAACAAAGAAGGUCAUUCAGAUCACUUAAGCCAGAUUCCUAAAAAUAGCUUAAAGCAAGCAGUAUCACUAUCUCCCAGAAAAUGCAUCAGGUUUGUUAAUGAUGGUGUUCAGAUUUAUCAAAAGACGUAAGCCUGACCUUCAGGUGAAUAAACCUGAGGGCCACAGCUACAGACAACCCUGCUAAGUGAGAGCUCACUGAAAGCUUUUUCAGAACAUGGUGUGUGCCAAAAUCUCAGGGGAAUUGUCAGUGUGACUCCACUCACAAGCAAGUUCUCACCAGUCCUACACACAGUUAUGUUUCCUAAGCUCCUGGGGUUCUCCCACUAAGCCCUUUGCAAAGACAGGGUGGUAAUUGUGACUCUUACCCUGGAGCUUAGUAUGUUCCUGGUCUUGUGAGAGCUCAGGAAUCCCCCAUGUGCUGUUCAGACAUGGACUUGUCACAGUGACCACACUGAGCCUAAGAAAUGUCCUCUGCUGGGGCAACAGGGUGGUCUUUUAAUCCAGGAAUAUGCCACAUUCACUGGAAAUGCCUGGGAUUAAGUGACCACCACUGGGGCACCUAAAUGAGGUCCCUGAGAAAUGGAAAUCACUGAUGCUCUAUGGUCCAGGUUUCAGUGGGAAAUAAAAGCUUGCACAGGCCUUGGACAAAUCUGCCCAAAAGUGAGUAUUCUCCAGGGUGCUCACAGCUGAGCAGCUGGAUUUUCACAUGGAAAUAAUUUGGAGUUUCUUUAAAGCACAGUGAUACACUCUGUAGUCUAUUUCCUGCUGAACCAAUGAUGAAGGCAUGAGAAUAGUAAUUGCUUUUGAGAUGUAAGUCCAGCUCGUGUUCUUCGUUGUAACAAGGAAAAGUUCCUUGUCACAAAAGAUUUACAUGUGCAGAAAUGUGCACAUACACACACAUACACAUGUGCACAUGCCACACAAUCUUCUCACUGAAGCAAAUUACAUCAAGAUGAUAAGAAAUUAUGUACAAAAACAUUUGCAAAAGAGAAGAUAAUGUACAAUAAGAACACACUUCCUCCAAGGAGUUAGGCUAAUGGCUUAAAUUUUACUAAUAAAAGCUUGGCCUGGAAAAGGACUGUGGAAUGGCUCUCAUUAAACAAAAGAAAGACUGAAGUCAUAGGCAAAAAUGCCUUAACAGUUUAAUCUGUAUCUAAACAAAAAGGAAAUGCUGGGAGUUAAUUUAAUUUCUAUGAAUAAUGGCCCAAAUCCUGUGCAGUUAUUAAUGGUGAUGAAACUUCACUGGAUUUUCACUGGAUAAAAUUGAUGGUUAUGUCAUGUCAGGUAUUCCCUUAAGUAUUUUAAAAAUAGUUUUGAUAUUUUACUAGUAUUUCACUAGUAAAGUGCAAGUUUACUUAUUUAAAGUAAACUUCAUUGCAAGUUUACUUAUUUAAAUGAAGAAAGAAAAGAAAUUCUUCUAUGCUAUGAAUUAAUUAGAGAUGUUGGUCUGUGUGAAGCAGGAAACAUGGCCAUACUGCUCUAUAAUCAGUAUAAUAUGUAGCUGUGGAAGUAAUUAACAUUCUCUAGAAAUGUUCCCUUUGAGUCUGAAUGAACCAAUAAAUAAGAAAGAUAAAGACAAUUUUGAAGCACUUUUACACUUGGAGAAACAUCAGAACCAGCUGUGAGCUCAGGAACAGCUGAAUACAUUUAUAAGGUAAAGUAGCACAAGAAAAAGGACACCAAACUUUCAAGCCUUGCAUACAGACACCAUGUUUUGGACUAUAUUCAGUUGAAUACUCAAAUUAAAAUGUAAGUAUUUUAAUUAUUCUCUUGCAAAAGGGCUCCAGCACUGUUCAUAAUGCUUAGUGAGCUUUAUGGAGCUCAUUUUCCCUUCCUCCUUUCCCCCUUAGCAGACAAGCAGCCACUGGACUCAGACCUUGGGCCUAAUAAGAUCCCUCUAAUUCUCAGGGUUACUUAAUACUAUGAAUCUGUUGCUUACAAAGCAGAUUUUUAUACUCAAUUAAAGCAUUCACCUUUUUUUAAAAAAUUAGAUGUCUGGGAGGAAAGGUAAAUGGAUGAAGACCUUCCAUUUGAAAAUGAGCAUGUUCCUGCAGUAGGGAUGUCACUGUCCCAGUCUGCUCCAUGUGGCCAUUUUAACAAAAGCUGCCAAAAAAACUCAGCAUGUGGUCUGGCCCUAAGCUGUUCUGCCCAGGGAUCAGACAUCUUCCCCUUGUCAAAGCUGAGUCCCAUUUCACGUGUUCUUUGGGUUGCUGGAUUGUGUGAUCUGUGUUACUUCUACUGACAUGGAUACAGCAUUUACUUGUUCUGUUCUGAAAAUUUGCUUUAUGUUAAUAUUCAAUCUUUUAAAAAAGUCUGAUAUCAGCAUGAGGACAGAAAAGAGUUACUAAUGACUGCUAAUUCUGUGGUUAAUAUUGUGACAAUAUCGUUAAUAUUGGCCUUUUUACUAGUGAUGCACAAAUAAUGUUUUUCCCCAUAGGUGGUUUUUUUUUUUUCCUACAGUGAAAUACAUGUUGGUAUUGAACAAUAUUUGGAUUAGGAAUUACCUUAUUUGUUCUUAUGCUUUUUCUUGCUGUUUUUUGUUUUCUUGCUAAUUUUUUUUAUGAAGCUGCAUUCUGCCAUUUGUACAUGAGUGAUACUCUGGGCUUGCUCUAACUGGCACCAGUGAAGUGCACGUGGUGCAAACCAAUGAAAUGCUUGGAUGCUCCCAGGAAAUGCUGCCAACAUGCAGCAAAAUUAAUCCAAUGGAGUUAGUGCUUUACAGCAGUAGAGUAUCCAUUGGAGAAAUCCUUACUGCAUCAGGACAUCCCAGCCUUGAAGUGCAACCUUCUUCUCAGCUGUGGCCCAGCCUGCAUCCCAUCACCUCCAUCCCUGAUCCCAAACACAACCACCCUGCAGCAGGGAUGUGUCAGCAUAGCAGGGGGCGUUGCCUCUCCAGAUUUAAUGCUGAAUUAGAAUCAGACAGCCCAGCUGCUGCCUGAGCUGCCAUGUGCAGAAUAAAUAAAUGAUGCCCAUGUUUAUUUUCUGCCAGAAUAUAGGAAUAUAUUUAGCUGGCACUUUUUUAUCUAAUGGAGUGGCUUUGAGGUCUCCCUCCUACUGGGAAGACUCUGUAGGGUAAUUCCUCUUGGUGUUGCCAGACUUGUUCUUUUAAAUAUCUUGUCUGGGGAAGUAUCUUGAGCAAAAAGUCCCCAAAAGAACAUCAUACAAAAGGAGGAUAUUUGACAAACUGCUUGCACGCUAGGUGGGCCAUAAUGGCCAUAGCAUGGAGCAGCAGGGCAGUUUCGUCUGCUGUGAGAGGAGACAGGGCUGCAGCUGGGUCCCAGAGUGACUCAGCAACCCCAGCUCACUGCUUCCCCCAGCUGCAGGCUCAGACCAACCCAGCUCUGAGUGCUGAUCAGCGUGAUGUGAUGCACUGAUGAUGGAGGCAUCCACCAGGGAAGCAAGGCUUACCUUCUGUGCAAGCUUGUGCUGGUGUGGGGCCAUCACAGGGACUGGGAGGUGAGCACAUCCCCACAUCCUGGUGGCUCCCUGGUGCUCUGCUGCAGCUCCCAUGCCAGAUCACCCCCUGUGGUCUCUGCACACCCAAGACAAAAUGAGGGUAUCCCAGAAACACAAUGAUGUCACAGACAAGUCACUGAGGAGUUUAAAAAGCAGGGUUUAAUAUCUUUCAGUCCUUUCUGUUCUCUGAUGGACACGCACAAAUUAAGAAACAGCUGUUAAUUCAGUUGAAAGAGGAAGGGAGAUUAGAUUGGCAUCUUGAGUACAGCUUGGCUGAUCACUUCUAGCUUGCUAUAAUGUAUGGCUGCUAAAAAUAACUUGCUAUGAGAAGUAAGAUAUGCUCUUUAUUUUUCUAUUAUUGGUGUUUCCAUAAUAAAGGCUGUAUUUAAUCAUUA